AUGCUCUGCCGAUCGUGUCGGCGCGCAGUGGCGCUGUCCAAAACCAGCCCCAGCAACCUUGUCUCCAGAGCUUCCGUCGCAAGCUUCCCGGUCGCAACAAGAAGCUACUCCUCGAUCGCUUCAAGAACCAAUGCUUCCACUGCUUUCGCCUGCCAAUCGUCAUCGCAAUCGAAUUUCCAAAUACCUUCCCAGCGUGCCUACUCCACGGCCGAGACCACACCGACACUCGAGAAGCCCGACCACCUCGACGCCGCCGAGUCGACGAUAUGGGAUAAGCUGGUGGCGGAGUUCUCCCCUUCGGAGCUGAUAGUCCAAGAUGUCUCCGGCGGCUGCGGCUCCAUGUACGCGAUCGACAUCACCUCGGCAAAGUUCAAGGGCGCCAACAUGCUCAAGCAACAGCGCAUGGUCAACGCGGUGUUGGGCGACAUGAUGAAGCAGUGGCACGGCGUCCAGCUGAGGACAAAGGCGCCUUGA